GUCAAAAGCUUUUUCCGCCCUUUGUUACUAUCUUUUUUUUUCCCCUUCCUUCUUCCAGCUUUCCAGUUAAAGGAAAUUGUUGGGGCAUUGCUGAAUUAAUCCCGGCUGAGCUUCAGAGGAGAGAACAAGAGACAGGUGUAACCAGGUGGGAAAGAUCCCACCAUGCUAGUGAAGCUUCUGAUCAUCUGUAAUACAAUAGGAUUGGCAAAGCUGGUCAAGCACUCAGACCAUCACAGGUAUCAUGAUGGUUCAGUGCACAGCUCACAGCCACAACUCCAUGAGACCUCUGCAUACCCCCAGAGGACUCCUCUGUCGCACGAGGAAGAAGGUUACUGGGAGGCAGAAGGGCUCAGGGAGAAUACUCAAGAUUACUCUUCAAGUGUGAUCUCCUCACAUCAGGAAGAGAGAGAGGACUUUGAAGCUGUGAGCCCACAGUCCCGAAAUGGGAACUGGUGUUCCUUCAUGCAGUCCCGGCUGGUAACAUACAUUGAAGCCUGCAUGAAGGAGAAGUACAUUGUCAACUCCCAACAGCCCUGUCCAAAUGGAUCACCAGACUGCCAGAAGAUCAUGUACAGGACAGCUCUGAAGCCAGUCUAUCAAGUGAAACAGAAGGUUUUGAAGUCUUUGCAGUGGAAAUGCUGCCCUGGAUUUACUGGCAAGGAGUGUGAACAGCAUGAUCCUAAUUUUAUUCUGGUGCCUGGAAAUCAAACUGAAGAACAACAAGAAGAGGAGUUCCCAAACCACAUGCCAACAUCAGUGGAUUCAAGAGAAAUGUUGGAAGUCAUUCAAAAUCAUGAGGCUUUACUGGAUGAUCUUCAAAGUGAUAUUCAUCAAGCAGUCAGCAACUUAGGUGAUUUACAGAGAAUAUUUGAAAGCAACGGUACAAGCAUGGUGUUAGAAGUGAACCAGAGCAAUUCAGAUCCACAGGAAAGGCUUCUGCAGCAAGUCUUGUUUCCCCAUGUGGAGAAUUUCCUAAGGAAACAUUUUAACCCAAUGUGGGCAAGCUUCAACAGAAGCUUACAGAACCUCUCGAACAUGGUAAGAAACCUGUCCCAUGAUGUUGAAGCCAACAAGAAAAGCAUAGAAAGAUUCCAAGAGAGCACUGUGCCCAAGAAGGAAUUCCAGGAGCUGGGAACUAAGUUUGAAUCAAAAGUCCAAGAAAAUGUAGUGAAAGUUGAUCAAGUGAAAAGAGAUAUAGAGAGCCAUUUGCAAAGGCAGCAGGCUAGUAUUCACUAUAACCUCACCAUGAUGAAGGCAGAUACGGACACAAAGCUCAAGAAGUUUCACAAGACACAGCAGUCCCAUUUCUCAGCUUUAAACAACAGCAUGGAAAGCAUGAAACAAGAGCAAAGCAAUCUUGAAAAUAAACUGGAGACUUUGAAAAAGAAUUUAACAGAACUCUCCUCACACCACGGUCUCAGAGAUGAAAAUACCCAGUUAAGCACCAGACAAAUAAAUGAGAUUCUGACAGGGCAUGCAAAGCAGCUUAAAGAACUUUACAUGGAGUCAGAUGUGGCUUUUCAGAAUAUUGCAGUUUUAGAGAGGUGGUUUAAGGAGUUAAAAAAAAAUGUCUCGAAGUCUAGGCCAGAAGAUGUUAUAAUAACUUUAACGGAGAAAUCAGUUAUUAUGGAAGAAAACAAAGCAGCCAUGGAAAGGCAGAUAUCAGAGCUCAACUAUACUCUCUCAAAUCUUCGUGAAAACUAUUCAGAUCUGUUGAGGUACAUGGAGGAAUGUAACUGCCAAAGAGUAUCUUCCGACACUGAUAUACUGGAGGAAGACUUAAAUAAUAUCACUUAUUCCCUUGAAGGCACCCAACCGAACUUGAAGGACAUGAAGCACUUAGAGUCGGUGUUCAGAGAUCUCUUGAGGAAUGAAAUUGAGGAGUUCUCCUCAGCUUUUCCAUCUAUCUAUCAGUCCCUUAAUCUCCGUCAAGAAGAAAACAGACAGCUUCAGUCACAAGUUAUGGCUGUGUCAGAAGACAUAAGCUUCUUGAAGAAAAAAGAUGCAGAAAUUCAUGGGCACAUCAAGUAUCUCAACAGUUCUUUUGGCUCCCUUUUGGAAGAUGCCAUGAGGCAUGAAGCAGCACUGGAGGCUUUACUGGGGGAAGAGUUUAUGGAAGUCUUGUUUGAAGAAGAUCCUAGUAUCCUAAUAUCAUCAGUAUUUCAGCUGCAAGAAUCUCUCAAACACAUCUCUGGUAAACUCCAAGAACAAAAUGUGACUUUAGAAUCACUUAUAAAGAGAUUGCACCAUUUGGAGAGAGGUCAACAAAAUAAUCAUGAUGGUCAUAUGUCAUCUAAGGAUCCCAAAGAAGAAACGCAAACAUCCUCUACUCUAGAUGAAGUUAAUAGUCACCCCAGCAUCCUAGAACACAUGGAACCUAACUAUGAGGCUGCCAAAGAUGACUCCUUGGAUAGCUCAGCUUAUAAUGAUAUCAUGACUUUGAAGAAUGAUAUCAAACACCUGAGCCUGGCAAUCAAGAGGCAUGAAUCCAUAAGUGACAUGAAUCUCUGCUGCAACCAUACAAUAGCUAAUGUAAUUGAGCCACUCAGCACUUCUGUGGGAAUUCUCUCAGCAGACUUAGCAACCACCAAGCAGAAGCUGGAGGAACAUCUGCUGCUUUUUAAAAAGCUAUUUGGAAGCGAUGAAGAAUUAGUUGCCUCAAAUAUAAGCCUGGAUGUUACAAAGAUUCAAACAAUGCUGACCAGAAGAGUGAGAAAGCAACAGAAAGGUCAAGACAAACAAAAAGACAAGAAAAAGUCUGAGAAACACAGAGAAAAUGCACAAAUGAUAACUGGAAGAAAUACAGCGCAGACAGAACCUUUGGCAAAAGACUCAUUGGUGGCAUUCCAUGUGGGAUUCUCAGAAGGAAAGGAAAAAGAAAAAACUCUGAGGUUUAAUGAAACUUACCUCAAUUAUGGAAACAGCUAUUUCCCUGAACACGGCUACUUUAAAGCUCCACAUAAAGGUGUCUACCUGUUUGUCAUCUCUGUGGAGUUUAGUUCAGGAUCAGCAUUAGGACAACUUUCCUUUAGCCGUGGGUACAAAAGACCUCUCUCAAGUAACCAGAGGAAAACACCAAAUGGGAACACCAUGACUACUUUUGCUAUGGCAGAAAUGGAGAAGGGGGAGAAAGUAUGCUUUGAAUUGCUGCAGGGCUCUGUAGUGAAACGGAGUCCACCGGGGACAACAAUGGGUGGUUUCCUAAUAUUUAAAACUUGAAUAGUGACAUUUUAUUUUAUUGAUAUCUUUCCAUAGAUGCAAUGGAUCAAUUCACUAUUGCUUCAUCUGUGAUGCAUUCAAUCCUACCGCAUGUGUUUAAACAUAGCAUUACCUUAGAUUUGUCUUCAUGCUUCUUUUCUGGAAGUGUUUGGCUUUUGAUUAGUUGCUUAUGAGCAGCAAUGGGAUUUUCUUUCAAGUGAUAAGCUAAUGGUUUGAAUUCCAAAUAUAUCAGCACAAACAUUCCCAAAUCCUUCCACUGUGAGAAUUUCACCUAAGUAGAAAUAGGGGACCACAGGCAGUCGCAGAUUGUCUUGGAAACUUCUGCUACUUACUCCAAUUCAAUGUUUCAAUUCAAUGUUCCGUGCACAAGAACACUAAGAGAUGUCCAGCGAACCCAGUAAGAUGCACCCUAUGCUAGUGUUUGUAAGCAAGAAUCUUAGAGAUGCCACAGUCUAUUUGCUUCUGCCCUGUGCUGUAUUUCAGCUACACUGUGAAAAUGUAAUAGUAAUAUAACAGUGUUAAGAUUAAUUACAUCUACAUGUAGACAUUAGGAAAAUGUCAACAAUAUUAAAAAAUAUUGCUGAAAAUGCAGUUUGUUUCUAAAGAUGAUCCUGGAGAAAUAGAAUUAAUUUAGCCCAGAAUUCAGCAUACAGUAUACAGUUUAAACCCAAGCAAACAAGCGAAUAAAACUAGCAAUAAAAA